AUGAUGCGAGGACACGACGCUAAUUCGUUUUACGUGAUUGGAGGAACAACCGGCCAUGUGUUCUUUCUUGAUGUGGAUAAGCUUGCAUUUAUCAACGGAAAGUGGACGUGGUCGAAUCAAGUGCAGGCGACUCCAAAUGAUGAAGGAAGAUAUCGCUUGGAAACAGUUCUCCAUGAAGAUAUAAUAUAUCUCUUCGGUGGUGGUCGCCCUGAUUACGUCACCGAGUUUCAAAACUUGACAGUAUUCGAUACUAAGAAUAGAAAGUUCUUGGAAGUUCCGACCUAUCCUGAUGAAGAGUGGAUCAGAACGAAUACGGAUCAGGACGGUUUCCCUCAAGGAAGGAGGUGUCACUCUGUAACAAAGUGGAAGAACAAGGCGAUCAUGGUGGGCGGGUGCAGCGCUGAUAAAGACGAUGAUGAUGUCAGACAUACUUAUCGUGACUGUCGCUUACCUGGUAUUUACCGUUUGAUACCCGGACCGUGCGAGAGAUCGGCGCAGGGCACAGAAUUUUCAUUUAUUGCUCGUUGCUUGUAA